AUGAACGAGGCCCGAAGCCUUGUUGGCUUUGAUAAACUCACGACGGAAAAUAGAUUUAAAAUUACUGAAGAGGACUGGGCAGGUUAUGGUCAGGACAACGCACUCGAGCUGUACUUGGCAGCCGUCUGCGAUUCCAUAAGAACUUAUGAAAAGGACAGCGGCCCUGAUGGCCUGAUCAACGGAAACGAAGGUACAUUUGCCUACGCAAUUCAAGAAGGCAAAACGGCUGAUUGCCAGGCUGCUGUGGACUUAUGGACGGCAGCAUUCCCCAACUUCAACGGGUUGCUGCCUCCGGUGUACACACUAGGCACGGCGCCUUACGACCGUACACAAAAUAUCUCCUUUCUUUCCCUCUUCAACCCCUACCCGAAUCCUAAGGUUGAUUGUGCAUACUUCACGUGCGGCGCAACGCAAAACGCAAAAGGCUCAGAGAAGGAAGUGAAAACGCUUAUUUGCGUUACGAUUCCCCACCCCUUGACAGAAAACGAACUACCCUAUACGCAAGAACAGUGGGACAAAAUCACUACGGCCUUCAAACCCAGUAGUGCCGUAGCAGCAACCCCGGCCACUCUUCUCCUUGCUGCCGCUGUACUCGCCGCCGUUGUCUUCUGA